AUGAGCAAAAUUGAAAACGAGACGAAAAAGACGUCGCCGCAGGAAAGUGAAAAAUCUGUGAUUGACCCAAAAAAUAAAAAAAAAGGAGACAAAAAAGAGAAUGUGGUUGUCGGCAGUCAAUCAAAGCAGGAAAAGAAAAAGACUAAACAGGAAAAAAGUAAAAAUGUUAUGGCAGAGGAGAAACAAAAGAAGGAUAGUUUAGGUGUUAAAAGCUCACAAAAAAGUAAUGUUGACGAAAAUAAACUGAAAGAUGCUGAACAAAAUGAAAACAAAAAAGUAAAUGAGCCUGUAAGUAAAAAGGUUGCAAAUAACAAGAAGGUAAUAACCUCGGAAAAAAAGGAAGAUCUUCCUAAAAUGCCUUCUAACAUUGACAAAGAAAAAAAAAUGAAAAGUAGCGAGCAUGAAAAAAAUUUAUCUUCUUUGAACAAAAAAUCAAAGAAAUCUCCUUCUGCUAUGUCUCACCCUGAAAGUUUGGAAAGUAAAACGGAAGCUAAAGAAUCACAAAAUGCAUCUUAUUCUAAGGAGGAAUCCAGCAAUCUAAUAAUUAACUAUUUUAAACAAAUUUCUGAAGAUUUAAGAGCGAUAAGAAAUCAUUUUGUACCUGAAACUAGUAUUCAGCAGCCUUUGCUUGAAGAGAAGAAGGUUAUCAAACCGAAUAAAAAGAAUACAAUGGAUAAAGGUGAUAUGCCACCUUCUAAAAAAUCUAAAUCUUCUGAUGAAGAAGAAAUUCCAGUAAAAAGAGAUGCCGAAAAGAACAAAAGUGAUGUAAAAGAAUCUGAAGCUCAAAAAAAUGUUAGUCACGAAAAAGAGUUAGACGAUGAUUAUUACAUGUCUAAAUUAAACAAGAAAUUUGGUAAAAACAUUGAGUUUACGAUUAAAGAAGCACGACAAAUUUGGAUUACUGGUGUUGGAAGAUUAUCUAGCGAGAAAUGGCAGCCAAUAUUAAAUAGCCUGUGUGACAAAAAAAUGCUAGUAUUAGUCGAUCAAUCUGGUGAAAAAGAUAAGUAUAAAAUAGUUGAUUAA